UUACUACUCUUACUUCUCACUCUUUCGGAACACUCAAUUAUUUAUUUGCUUAUUAUAUUCGUGGAAAAAGAGAGUUGAUCAUUCAUAUAUAAAAUAAUUUAGGGUUUUUUUAUCUCAACCUAAAUUGGCAAAUUAUACAUCAUUUUCUUCCCCUACUGCUGUUAAAAUUGUGAACAUGGAGAAAACCAGAAGACCAUCCCAUGCCGGUUCCUGGUACACUGACAAUCCUAAGAAAUUAGCAGAAGAGCUUGAAGGUUGGCUGGCGGCAUCUGGCGUGGACAAAUCUCCUGAUGUCCGAGGUGUAAUUGCUCCGCAUGCAGGUUACUCGUAUUCAGGUCGUGCUGCAGCCUAUGCAUUUGCGAACAUAGAUCCGACAAACAUUUUGCGGGUGUUCCUUCUUGGCCCAUCUCACCACUACUACACUCCAAAAUGUGCUCUUUCAAUGGCCACAGUUUACAAGACUCCCAUAGGGGACCUACCUAUUGAUUUGGAAGUCAUUGAGGAGCUAAAAGCUACUGGAAAAUUUGAAAUGAUGGAUAUUCGCAUUGAUGAGGCUGAACAUAGCAUGGAAAUGCACUUGCCAUAUCUCGCUAAAGUAUUUGAGGGGCACCAAGUGAAAGUUAUACCCAUUUUGGUUGGUGCUCUUAAUGCUGAGAAUGAAGCCAUGUAUGGACGAUUGCUUGCCAAAUAUGUGGAUGAUCCAAAUAAUUUUUUUUCCGUGUCCUCAGAUUUUUGUCAUUGGGGUUCUCGGUUCAAUUACACUUACUAUGAGAAGAAACAUGGGGCCAUAUACAAAUCUAUUGAGGCCUUGGACACGAUGGGCAUGGAUAUAAUAGAAACAGGAGAUCCAGAUGCAUUCAAACAAUAUCUGUUGGAAUAUGAUAACACCAUCUGUGGACGCCAUCCCAUUAGCGUUUUUCUUCAUAUGGUGAGGAACUCCUCGACAAAGAUAAAGAUCAAAUUUCUCCGAUACGAGCAGUCUAGUCAAUGUAAAAGUAUGAGGGAUAGCAGUGUAAGCUAUGCAUCUGCAGCUGCAAAGGUGGAUGCUUGAAGCUCAAGAGUUGCUGAUUUCUCCCAUUAAAAUAUUGAUAAAUUUAUAUUUCUAUAAAUUUCCUGAAUAUUUAACAUAAUCACGUGCAAGAACCAGCAAUUGUUGGGUAAUCCUUCCCUGUUUAUAUGCUUAAGGCUGAUAACAGAUCAUUCUGCGAACCUAUUUCAUUAUCUCUUGUUGUA